UGUCGCGUGGUGUUGGCUGAUAGGGAUGUAGACCAAGUGUCAGCAGCAGUCUGAAGUAGGAGAUAUUUAGCGUCCUGUUUCCAUGGAAAAGUAGCAAAAGGUAACAAUCAAAGGACCUCAAGGUAAAGCCUCCAGACAAGACUGUGGCCGCUUUGGUGAACAAAUACCGGAAGAGCACCUAGGAGGGAAUAAUGGUACGAGUAAAACCGUUGAGGGUUGAUUCACUUGACCAGAGCUCUGAGGCAGCUCAUGUUAUAUUCAACGAAGACUCUGCGGAAGACCGUGUCGUUGUACAGACGCUGUGUGGAGGCAUGGAGAGAUCUGGGAUCUCCUGUACAUACCAUGAGAGGGAUGGGAGAGCCGGUAGGCCGGAGGUCGGGGACAGAGGCAGCAUGAUGGAGAACGCUGUCUGGGUGAUCAUAGUCUACCUUCAGAUGUCGGUUGGAGACCAUGAUGCGAUGUUUGCCUUUGAGGAGAAUAUGGCUCUCUUUUUGGCAAUAACGCAUGAUGUGCAAAAUGUCAUCUACUUACUGGGAGGUGAUGUUGAAGCUGUCGUGUCAAAGGGGUUUCCCUUUUUCCGUAUGAAGAAGGAUAAGAAUUGGCUUGGGCAUUUAACAGGUUUAGUGGAGACUACACCUACUAAGAUUACAUCAAACCUGUUUCACAGAUUCUACUACCAACUAGUGCAACAAAAUGGUUCCUUCUUUCCGAUAUCUCGAGAAUCGUUAUCUGUUUGGGCAAGUAUAUUGUCUUACACAAGCCUCAGUCUGAAUUGGACACUACAGCAAUCCAGUGGGUCUCAGGUUUAUAAUGUGACCUUUAAAGAUGGGUAUUUGGUAAUAACACGAUCAGAGAUCCAGAACAAUAACGAAUCCAACGGUCAGGUAACAGAGACGUUAUUUUCUGAUAACCCAAGUGACAUUAUUCGCGAUUGUGAUAAUGCAGAUUCCAGUGACAAAGUAUCUGAAGACUCACCUUUUCUGAUUGAAAGGAAUACCAUACACAACAUAAAUUGGACUGAUGUGAGAAAUAUUGAACCAUCGUUGAUACCAAAUGAUAGCAUAUGUACGACUGAGAGUAUAAUACUAAUACAAGGUUUUCAGGUGAUGUUCUUUAUAGGGAUAGGUGUCAUGCUUGGUUAUUGUACAGCCCCUAUCCCUAUUGGUCUCCACCUGUCACUACCUUACUUGUCAGAAGUACAACUAGGUUUCGUUGCUAUAAGCUUCCUUCUCUCAGCUCUCAAUGUGUUCCGCAGUAGACGCCUGAUGUCAACUGAACUAUCAUACAUGACAUGCUACCAGUUGCUGGUUGCUUUUGUGUCUGUUAUCCUACAAGGGCUGUUCACUGCAGGCCGUCUUCCCUUCCCUGUGAGAGUGACACCUCAAAUAGGAGGUCUUGCCUUCUUCAGUAUCUUCAACAUGGGGCUCGUAAGUGAUUUCAUCGCAUCCAAUAGUCAGGGGCACACAUGUAGAAUUAUUGUCAGAGCUCUUACAUUAGGUUCGGUGAUUUUAGUUACCGUUGGUUACUGCACCCUGUGUCAGCUCAGAUACAAACAAGCUGGCGUAAGUUUUAGAGCAACUCUCAUAAUCACAGCUGUUCAUUUCGUCAGCCAGUAUGGGCUUUUCAAAUGUGUCAUCAAAUACGUUCGGUAUAUCAUCGGAUUCUCCUGCCAACGAAAACUAGGGACGCUAGCUGAACAAAUAUUGCUUGUGAUAUACGCACUCGUUUGGUUGAUUCCGAUUUUUCUUUUUUAUGAGACAAGGGCUGAUCAUUCGUGUCCUUUAUGUCCAAAUAUAACAAACUCAACCUCACCAAACUGAAAUACGGUUUGAAGUUCAAAUCCCACUCAAUGACUCUAGAAUACGCAUAGACUGUAAAACUAACAUGAGGAUUGUGUUUUUCGUCAUGGUUGCCAGAAUAUGUCGGGUUAUUGGAUAUCCGAGAUGUUAAUUUGAGAUUGCUGAUUCAAGAUUGACUUCCUCCAUGUUUGUUUGUAUGUUUGUUGUUUAAUGCCGCACUCAGCAAUAUUCCAGUUAUAUGAUGGCGGUCUAUAAAUCAUUGAGUCUGGACCAGACAAUACAGUGAUUGACGCCAUACGUAUCAAC